AUGGCGGAGAUUAACAGCAAAUUGGGUAAUGAUAGGGGAAUAAACGCCAUCAGAACAGGUCAACUCUUAUCAUUAUCAGAACAACAACUUCUUGAUUGUGAUUCGAGCGACAGAACCUUCCAUUGCGACGGAGGGCAGGUCUGUGGCGUAUUUACUUUCGUCAAAGAGCAUGGAGGUAUAGCUACAGAUGAGUUCUACCCUUAUGUAGGUAAAAGGGAAAUAUGCGAUACAUCUAAGUAUGGUCAUCACUCGGUAACUGUUGAUGGAACCGAGUAUUUGCCAGAACACGAUGAAGAAGCGCUAUUGAAAGCAGUGGCACAUCAGCCUGUAACUUUUCAAAUGGAUCCUGGCGGUGACGGUUUCAUGUUCUACAAAGAGGGAAUUUAUAGUGGACCAUGUGGAAUGGAGCUGAUGCACGCGAUGUUGAUAGUUGGAUACGAUCAGGAUCCUGACGGAACCAAGUACUGGAUUGUUAAGAACUCGUGGGGCGAAGGAUGGGGAGAGAAGGGAUACAUUCGUAUGCUACGCGGUACGGAGAUCCAAGGGGUUUGCAACAUGUAUGGGCAUUGUAAUUUCCCUCUUAAAUCUCCCAAAACUAAAAAUGUUGAACUCUAG